CACACGUAAAAGGGACAAAGAGAGAAAGAUUGAAGGACACAAACACUACAACCACAGUGACAAUGAGAGGCUGGAUUGCACUGUUGUUGUUGUUGGCAAGGUUUAUCAAUUUAUCCACGACACAACCAACCAACACUUUGACAUGGCUAAGUUACCUUCGCAACCGAGCAUAUGGUCACGGUUAUGGCCGCAGUCACAAUUACAAUCAUGCCUCUUUAAGAACAGAGGAUGAGCCUUCUGUGCUGGACUGCCCCUUGGAGUGCAGCUGCCCUUCAACCUACCCCUACGCAAUGUACUGCAACAACCGCAACCUACAGCAUGUGCCAUUUGUACCAUCUCAGAUAAAGUACGUCUACUUGCAUAAUAACCAGAUCACAGGCAUCACACAGGGAGUUUUUGACAAUGCCCCAAAUUUGGCAUGGAUAAGCCUCCAUUCAAAUAAGCUGAGCUCCGACAAGAUAAGUGACAAAAUCUUUGCCAAACUACCAAACCUAGAACGGCUCUUUUUACACAACAACAACCUUAGCCGUGUUCCACAAGGUUUACCACACUCCCUACGUGAUCUACGAAUGAAUCACAACAAUAUCUCUGUAGUUCCUGCCGAUUCCUUCAGUGGAAUGAGCAACCUGACAGCCCUGCAUCUCCAAAUGAAUGCCAUUGAAGACCUUGGUGGCGCACUUGAGGGCCUUCUAUCCUUAACUCUUUUAGACUUACGAGCGAACCGACUGAAGAAGAUUCCAGAAAACUUGCCGCCAAAGCUAAGCCAGCUCUACCUCGAAUACAACCAUAUAUCCAGCAUUCCUGCUGACUUUCUAAGCCACCGGCCCGAGCUGCGCUUUAUACGGCUGUCGCACAAUCAGCUCACCAAUGGUGGAAUUCCAGCCAAUGCUUUCAAUGUCAGCACACUCGUGGAACUCGAUUUGUCCUUCAACAAGUUGGAGAGGAUCCCAACAAUCAGCACCAGUCUAGAGAACCUCUAUCUGCAAGCCAACAAAAUCAAAGAAUUUUCAUUAAGCAGUUUUUGCAGAGUUGUGGACAUGAACAAUUACUCUAAUCUACGUGUACUGAGGCUGGAGGCUAAUGAAAUUAGCCCCCGAGACAUUCCCUCUGAAGCUGUACUCUGUCUGCGCCUGGCAACCAACAUCGACUUGUAGGCCUGUCUUUUAUACAUCAAGCCAUCAACAACGAUCUGUUGUCAAGUGUAGCUGUAUUAUAUACGGUACUGUGCAAAAGUUUUAGGCAGUUGUGAAAAAUGUUGUAAAGUGAGGAUAUUUUCAAAAACAAUACCAUGAAUAAAUUUAUUUAUCAAUAAACAUCAUACAAAGUGCAGUAAACAUUAAAAUAUCAAAAAUCUAUAUCUGGUGUGACCACCCCAUGUCUUUAAAACAGCACCAAUUCUCCAAGGUACACUUGCACAAAGUUUUUCAAGGUUGUUGGCAGAUAGGUAGUUCCAAGCAUCUUGGAGAACUUGCCACAGUUCUAUGUAUUAAGGCUGUCUCAAUUGCUUCUGUCUUUUCAUGUAAUCCCAUACUGACUCAAUGAUGUUGAGAUCCGGGCCAUGCCAUCUGCUGCAGGACUCCUUGUUCUACUUCUAUUCAAUUCUAUUUACAAAAGGAAUGUUUGGAAAUCUCAAAUGUAUACUUCCUACUGACACACUAAAGCAGAAGAUAUAAACAAAUGUUUUUGUGAAACAUCUAAUGUGCCUAAGACUGUUGCACAGUAGCCUACAGCAGUGGCUCCCAACCCUGUUCCUGGAGGUCCCCCAACACAACACAUUUUGGAUAUCUCCCUAAUCAAACACACCUGAUUCAACUCAUUAGCUCAUUAGUAGAGACUCCACGACCUGAAUUGGGUGUGUCAGAUCAGGGAGAUAUACACAGUGUGCAGUGUUGGGGGGCCUCCAGGAACAGGGUUGGGAACUACUGGCCUACAGUGUAUCUCACCACAUAUGGGUGGCUAUUUUAAACAUGUGGUGUUUGAAAAGAUGUUCUUUAACUAUUAUCAACAUCUAGCAAAUAAGUUUGUUAUCAGGUUAUGAGUCUGAAUUAUGGUUAUGAUAAUGAGUUAUGGUUAUGAUUAGUUUGGUUAUACCGUAAUUUAAUCUAUUUGUCAGUAAUGUGAUUUUUUUUUUCUUUUGGGAUUUGAAUUAAUUCCAUAUUAAUUCAAAUUAAUUACUAAUUACUAAACAUUUAAACAGACAGAAAUAGUAGUAGUAGUAAUGUAUUUUUUUAAAUAAGUUGAAUAUGAUGUACAUUAACAUCAUUUAGAGAUUAUAUAUCAGUCAGAGAAAAAGCUGCUUUAUUCUACAUAUGGUGGUGGGUGCAUAUUCAUGAGUGAUGCCAUGUUGAGAUCAGCCGAAUAUUACUCACUUUAUAGUAUUUAUAAUGUCUUGUAAGUGGACACUUUUUUAAAUAUAUGUGCAGUAUAUUAAUCAUUGCUGACUGUGAAUAGUGCAUUUUUACAAUGGCAUUAGUAACUGAGAAUAUAACCGUAAAUAUUACUGAGGGCACAUUUAAUAAAAAAAACAAG